AUGCGUGCACGGGACGGAGCUGCAGGUGUGCGUGGCGGACUUCCUCUCGCUCCCUUGUGCCGCCAGCUUCCAUCCGCUGGCCUGGUGAUUUCUUCUGCAGCUUCCUUCCUGUGCACCCCUGCUCCCGCUUCGUCGGUGGUCUGCUUAGUUCGCAGGCUUCGUGCAGUUUGUGAUGUGAUUCGUGGAGUUCCUUUUCACACACUUCGGCCCUCUUUUCUUCUUUGUGCUCCUUCGUCCAUCCCUCAUUCUCUCUCCACUGUGUCCAAUCUUCGGCAAGAGCUUGAAAUGAGUGUCUCAGAAACAUCCAAGAAAAAUGGUGCUCCUCAAAUUGUUAAGUUGGACAAGGCUUUGAAACUGGCCGAGUUAUGGGUAAAUAAUAUGAGCAAAGAUGCAGAUGAUCAUAGAACAAAUGCAGAUCUAGAGGGUCGACCUUCCGGGCUUGGUCUAGGUGCAAAAGUUUCACGCCAAUCAAAAUUUGUACCUUCCGAUGACCCUGUCGAAAUGAAGUUGUAUGCCAAAUUGAAUACUGAAAAAAGAAAAGCAGCUAAUAUUGCUAAAGAGUCUGCAACGAUUGCGAGUGGUGCUUUAGAUGACUAUGAAGACAGCGAGGAUGUAGAUAGCCGAACUAAUGCGUUUACUAAGAGGAAGGCAACAGUACCUUUGACCUCGUCUAUAUUGCGAAAUAAGAAGCAGAAGUGA